AUAUUCAGAAUAUUCUUUGGCAACGCUAAUCACUACCCGAAGGACUUUUUUGAAAAAUUUGUAUAUACAGAUAAUAUAUUGGGUGACCAGAACGUCCUGGUAAUUUUAGAAAAUGGGUCCGAUUUCCACCACAUUGCUUACCGUCACGAUGUGCUCAUACCAUAUAUAGCUCGUUUAAAAUUUACGUUCGAUGAGUCAUACGGCCCGGAUAUGGAAGCAAUCAUACGUGGUAGAAUCACCAUCUAUCUACUUGGCUUCCAGUUGGUCACUGUACCCUUUAUGGUGUGGCACUUAUCCCCAGUGUUGGGGCAGCUAUCCAUUGGCACCGAGAACUCAUUCCUGGGCACCGUCGUAGCCGUGGCCACCACUUUACCAUUGCAGCAUGAUGGAUUCGGAUUCAGUGAUUAUUCGACCAGGAGUCACAGGGACAAGUACAUAGACAAUGAUCUACACAACAAGAGGAAGAAUCAGAAGAUCAGUGAUGACGUGCGAGAAGUGAUCAUCAAAAACAUGUUGAAUGGACGAAAAGUAACCCACGAGUUGUUACACGCGCUGGGCUUUAACCAUGAACAUUCUCGACCUGACCGAGAUGAUUACGUGCAGGUCAUUAUGUCAAACGUCAAACUAGGCAUCGAACAUAAUUUUGAAAAAAGAUCAUGCCAAUGUAAAAGUGUACAC